AUGAAACGAAUAGAGAGGGAAGAGAAGGCGGGGAAGGGAAAAGAGAUCAGGCAGCAUAACUUCAAUCGUUCACCAUUUACGAGUUAUCGAGCCGACAUGCGUUGUUCCUUCCCAUUCUUCCCGUCACUCGGUGAGAUAUACUAUGGGAUAUCCGGAAAUGAUUGCUGUCAGGACAUAAACCCAAUCCAAUUCACCCUGGCCAAGCGGACAACACAUAUCUGUACCACGCUUACAUCAACAUUCCACUCCACUACAGACCCAUGUGUACUGCUCCACGGACACCUCUUGUCGCGGGAAGAAGCUUGUAUGCCCUUGUGA